CUCAAAACGAACAAAACAGUGUUCCGGAUGCAUGUGACUAGAGAGAGUGUACUGUACGGAGACCAAAAUGGUGUUCAUUUAGAAGGCCCCCUUGAUGAGUGUAAUUUUACUCGGUUAUGCAAUUGCAAAAUCAGAUUAAACUAAUCACACACGCACACACACAGGAGACUGUGGAGAGAGAGAGAGAGAGGGAGCAGCAUCAAGAGUCCAAAAAAAUUCAGUUAUUCCGACUCUUGCUUUGUGUAAGAGCCAAAAAUCGUGUCCUUUGCAACUCUCCAAAGGUCAAAGGAUCAAAAAACGUCUCUUAGAUUAACCCCUAUUAGUAUCUCUCUCAGAGCUGUAGUUCUUUUGAUCAGAUCAUGGGUCACUCGGCUGUCUCUCAGGUCUCUCUUACUGUCCCUCUCAACAGCGAUUUGUCUCUCAGAAGAUCUGUUCUUAAGGUGCAUAACAUAAGUUAUGGUGAUAAGUUAGGUGUGUCUUUCUCGUCAUUGGACUUGAAAACCAAGAAUGGGAAGUCGAGAAGCCAGUCUGUAGUUUGCAUGUCAGUGCAACAUGCCAGCACACCUAAGGUUUCCGUUUCACCUUUGGCACUUGAAGAUGUAAACGACCCUCCACUAAACUUACACAAGCCGAAGGAGCCGUAUACGGCUACUAUAGUCUCUGUCGAGAGGCUUGUAGGCCCAAAAGCUCCAGGAGAGACUUGUCACAUUGUGAUUGAUCACGGUGGCAAUGUUCCCUACUGGGAAGGACAGAGUUAUGGGGUGAUUCCUCCUGGUGAAAAUCCAAAGAAACCAGGGACUCCUCAAAAUGUUCGUCUUUACUCGAUUGCAUCCACCAGGUAUGGAGAUUUUUUUGAUGGUAAGACGGCAAGUUUGUGUGUUCGACGUGCUGUCUAUUACGAUCCCGAGACUGGAAAAGAAGACACUACAAAGAAUGGGGUAUGCAGCAAUUUCCUCUGUGACUCAAAGCCUGGGGACAAAAUCAAAGUUACAGGCCCUUCAGGAAAGAUAAUGCUAUUACCAGAAGAAGACCCAAAGGCCACCCACAUAAUGAUAGCAACUGGCACGGGUGUGGCCCCAUUCAGAGGCUACCUUCGUCGAAUGUUCAUGGAAUCCGUCCCCACAUUCAAAUUCUGGGGCCUUGCUUGGCUUUUUCUAGGGGUGGCCAACACCGACAGUCUCCUCUAUGAUGAAGAAUUCUCCAAGUAUCUCAAAGACUACCCAGAUAACUUCCGCUUUGACCGUGCUCUGAGCCGAGAACAAAAGAACAAAACCGGCGGCAAAAUGUACGUCCAGGAUAAGAUUGAAGAGUGCAGUGACGAGAUCUUCAAGAUGUUGGAUGGUGGAGCCCACAUUUACUUCUGUGGGCUUAAGGGGAUGAUGCCUGGGAUUCAAGAUACGCUGAAGCGGGUGGCGGAGGAGAGGGGCGAGAACUGGGAAGCAAAGCUGUCCCAACUUAAAAAGAACAAGCAAUGGCAUGUUGAAGUCUAUUGAUGGUGCAUUUCUUGUUGGGUAAUGGGAUUGUUUGUUGCUUAUCAUAUGAAGAACUUGACGGCAGUUGCUGUGCAUUUGUAUUAUUACGGUUUAGAUGAAAUGCCAAUUAGACCUCCCUGGAUUAUUCUUGAGGCUCUUUCUUCUAUGUUCUAUGUUAGGACCUGUUUGGUUGGUUGAAUUAGACAUGAGAGUGGAUCACAAUUCUUUUAGGAUCCUAUAUUUUCGGCAUUGUAAUGAUUGAGUAAUUGGUGAAUGGAUUACCUGUGCAAUGGACAACCAAUCCUAUUGUUAUGGCAUUACAUAACA